GUUAUAUAUAUAUAUAUGUGUGUGUGUGUAAAUUUAAUUUUUAUUUACAAUUUGUGGAUAUAAUCUAUACUCGCACAUCCUACAACGUUUUCUCUGCUAUGAUUUUAUCGACAGUGUCGGAAAUGGAAAUAACUACCUAGUACCCAAUUCGGAAAUAUAUAUUGGCGGUAGUGUACAGAAGAUUCGGAGAAAGAUUUUGAUGCCGGUCCCUCAGAAACUCAGAACACCUCAGAAUUUUCUUAUUUCUCUCUGAUGCUGUGACCACGAGUGACCGAGUGUAGCUCAAUGGUACUGGGUUAACUGAGCCUCAUUCGAAGAGACUAAAAUCCCAAAAGUCGGAGAAAAAGAAGAGUGUAGCUCAAUGUACUUAAUAAAUGUCAAGUGUCGCAGUCUGUUCAGUCACUUCAUGAACUCCGUCAAUUCCAUCAACAGCUGAUUCAUUAAUCUCGCCGUGAAAAGAAUAAUUUGGAAGAAAUCAUGGCUACACGUUAUAUGAUACAAAGUGCCCUACGUUCUAUUAACGCAUACCAUCACGCUGUAUGGUCUACAUGGUUUACAUGGAGUAAACUUUCGAGAAACUCGAAAAACCUACGAAAUUUUGGGACAGGAAUCCUUACGGGGCUAGCGACAUACAGCAUAUACAGUGACGUAGUUCAGGCAGCGCAAAAUGAUUUACAUUAUACUAAGACUUUUAUGGCAGAGCCUAUCACAGCUGUCGAGCAAUUGGAAAGAAAUCCGAACGAUAUGAAAACAAAAAUGGAACUAUUGGUGAUGAAGACUCAAGCAGACUUCUGCAGAGCGCUCAAAUCACUGGAGGACGGCUACUCCUUCAAAGUGGAUCGCUGGACCAGAAAAGAAGGUGGUGGUGGUAUUACUUGCGUCCUGCAAGACGGACAAGUAUUCGAGAAAGCCGGUGUUAACGUUUCCGUCGUAACCGGCGUGCUACCGCCGAAUGCUGUCCAACAAAUGAGAGCACGCGGUAAGAAGAUGGAAGACUCGGUGCCGUUCUUCGCAGCUGGUGUCAGCGCUGUGAUUCAUCCUCGCAAUCCCAUGAUUCCUACGAUUCACUUCAACUAUCGUUACUUUGAAGUGGAGAAUCCAGAUGGUACAGUUCAGUGGUGGUUCGGAGGAGGUACAGAUCUCACCCCAUAUUACUUGGAUGAGAAAGAUGCCAAACACUUUCAUAAAACGCUAAAAACCGCCUGUGACAAACACGAUCCUUCUUAUUAUCCGAAGUUCAAGGAAUGGUGCGAUAAUUACUUCAACAUUGUGCACCGAGGGGAACGACGUGGCGUGGGCGGGAUAUUUUUCGACGACCUGGAUACUCCAAACCAGAACGAGGCGUUUCAGUUCGUCGCUUCUUGUGCUGAGGCAGUUAUUCCGUCAUAUAUUCCUUUGGUAAAGAAACACAAGAAUGAUGGUUAUGGAUAUCACGAGAGACAAUGGCAACUAUUGCGACGGGGUAGGUACGUUGAGUUUAAUUUGAUCUAUGAUCGCGGCACCAAGUUUGGUCUGUACACACCCGGUGCGCGAUAUGAGAGUAUACUUAUGUCUCUGCCAUUGAAUGCCAAAUGGGAAUACAUGCACGAACCUAAAGCCGAUUCGAGGGAGUCGCAACUUCUGGAAGUGCUAAAAAACCCGAAAGAUUGGUUAAACGAAACAAAUACGGAUAAUGUGCAAGUGUAGGUUUUAAUUUCUCGAAGUGACUUUCGUACGAUUAGGAAAGAUUAUGUAAAAGUAAUAAUAUUAUAAUAUAAUUUUAGUACAUAAGUGGAAUCUGAAAUGAUAAAAACAUAUUAAGAUUAACAUUUUGAGAGUCGAUAGAUGUAUAGAUUUAUAACAUGUAUAGAUUUAUAAAAGCUUUGUUGAUCAUGUGUUUAACAGGAGAUAAAAAGAAUGUGAUCUUUGAAGUGCCAAGUAGAACUAUGGUGUAAAUAAAAAUGGACACAAAUUUUUGUACAAUAUACAUAUAUUAAUUAGU